AUGGCUGGUUCGCAUCCCUUCGCCGGAAUUUUUAUUUUCUUGGCGUUUUCCGCCUUGGUGCUGCCCAAGGCGGUGGUGCUCUGUGAAUUUCCGGCGACUCUGACUCUCUCAAGAGCUUUUCCGGCUAAUCAGAGAGUCGAAGAACUGAGUCAACUCAGAGCUCGUGACAUGUUAAGGCACGGUCGAAUUUUGCAGUCUUCAGGUCGUAUCGCGGAAUUCUCCCUCCUGGGCACCUACAGUCCCUUCCUUGUUGGGCUUUAUUACACAAAAGUUCAAUUGGGAUCUCCUCCAAAAGAAUUCCAUGUUCAGAUUGACACUGGAAGUGAUGCCUUGUGGGUCAACUGCAAUGCCUGCAACAGUUGCCCCAUAUCUAGUGGACUCAAAAUUCCAAUCAAUUCCUUCAACCCUUCAAGCUCGUCUACAGCAUCAGUAAUCUCCUGUUUUGACAAAAGAUGUGCUCUUGGAGCUCAAUCCUCAGACGCUGGCUGUUCUAAGAAAAAGGAUCGGUGCAAUUACUCAUUCCAGUUUGGAGAUGGCAGUGGGACAUUGGGUUAUUAUGUAUCAGAUGAGCUGCAUUUCAACACAGUUGCUGGGAAUUCUUCGACUUCAAAUUCUUCGACUUCCAUUCUCUUUGGGUGA